AUGCCUGCUCCUGUAUCUGGCCCGCGCACCCUGUACGACAAAAUUUGGGACGACCAUGUUGUAGACAUCAAAGAGGAUGGCCUGGCUUUGAUUUAUAUCGAUCGCCAUCUCGUUCACGAAGUUACGAGUCCUCAAGCCUUCGAAGGCCUGAGAAAUGCAGGCCGAGCUGUCCGCCGUCCAGAUUGCACACUUGCAACGGUAGAUCACAAUGUUCCUACGGUAUCGCGCAAAAAUUUCAAGUCGGUGGAUACCUUCAUUGCUGAGCCCGAUUCCCGUGCACAAUGUGCCGCGAUGGAAGAGAACGUGAAAGAAUUCGGUUUGACUUAUUUCGGGCUGACUGAUCGACGUCAAGGAAUCGUCCACAUCAUUGGUCCUGAGCAAGGCUUCACGCUUCCAGGUAUUACUUGUGUAUGCGGUGAUUCCCACACUUCCACCCAUGGUGCUUUUGGUUCACUCGCUUUCGGUAUCGGGACUUCUGAGGUCGAGCAUGUCCUCGCGACCCAGACGUUACUGCAGAAGAAGAGCAAAAACAUGCGAAUCACUGUGGACGGAGAACUCGUGGAAGGCGUAACAUCUAAAGACGUGAUUCUCCAUAUUAUCGGUGUUAUCGGUACUGCAGGUGGUACCGACUCUGUCAUCGAAUACGCAGGAUCGGUAUUCCGAGGAUUCAGUAUGGAGGCACGCAUGAGUGCUUGCAACAUGAGUAUUGAAGCCGGUGCUCGUGCGGGGAUGGUGGCCCCAGAUGAAGUCACCUUCGCUUACCUGCGCAAUCGUCCGCUUUCUCCUAAAGGGGAUGCUUGGGAUCGUGCAGAAAAAUAUUGGCGAACCCUCCAAAGCGACGAAAAUGCAAAAUUCGAUAUCGAAAUCAAGAUCAAAGCGGAGGAUAUCCCCCCGACGGUUACUUGGGGCACGUCGCCCCAGGAUGUUGUUGCAAUCACUGGCUCUGUCCCUGACCCCACGACUAUGACGGAUGCUGGGAAGCGUGCAUCUGCCGAGCGCUCUUUGGUAUAUAUGGGUCUCGAGCCAAACGUUCCCAUGCAAGAGGUCAAGAUCGACAAAGUCUUCAUCGGCUCUUGUACGAAUAGUCGUAUCGAAGACCUUCGCUCCGCAGCGAGGAUUGUUUUAGCAGCUGGGCCAGAAGCUAAAGUUGCAUCCAACGUGCACGCGAUGGUGGUUCCAGGGUCUGGCUUAAUUAAGCAGCACGCAGAGGCGGAGGGAUUAGAUGUUGUCUUCAAGCGUGCCGGAUUUGACUGGCGCGAAGCUGGAUGCUCCAUGUGCCUGGGAAUGAAUCCUGAUCAACUCGCUCCCGGUGAACGAUGCGCAAGCACUAGUAACCGCAACUUUGAGGGCCGUCAGGGUGCCGGAGGGCGCACCCACCUUGUCAGCCCUGCUAUGGCUGCUGCUGCCGCCAUGACAGGCAAAUUGACCGACGUCCGUAAAUUCCUGGGAGCUGAUGCAGAAGCUAAAAUCGCUGCCGGACCGCAACUGAAACUGACGAGUGUUUAUGAAUUCCUCAAUGACCCCGUACUGCCAUCACCGAAACCAGAAUCUACAACCCAUGCCUCAGAACCGUCUGCGCUUCCGCCUGCAUCAUCCCCUUCUGGAGUGGAAAAGUUUGUUGUCGUGUCGGGUGUUGCAGCCCCAUUACACAUGGAAAACGUCGACACUGAUAAAAUUAUCCCGAAACAAUUUUUGAAAACUCUCAAGAGGACUGGUCUCGCCAAUGCGUUGUUUUUCGCCCUCCGAUUUGAUCCAAAGACUGGUGAGAAGACCGACUUCAUCCUGAAUCGCGCUCCUUACGACCAAGCAAAAAUCCUCGUCUGUACGGGCAAGAACUUUGGAUGCGGUAGCUCCCGCGAGCAUGCUGCCUGGAGUUUAAAUGACUUCGGUAUCCGGUGUGUGAUAGCACCCAGUUUCGCUGAAAUCUUCCGCAACAAUUCGAUGCAAAAUGGAAUGCUUCCUGUGCCUAUCCCCGAAGCUGACUGUAAAGCACUCGCUGAGGAUGCAGAAGCUGGAGUGGAACUAGCGGUUGAUCUGGAAAAGCAGGAAAUCAGACGAUCGAACGGAAAGCCCGCUAUACCCUUCACUGCCGAUCCCUUCCGAAGGCACUGUCUUUUGAACGGGCUGGAUGACAUUGCACUGACUCUCCAAAGGGAUACCUCAAUUGAGUCAUUUGAGCAGCGGAGGAGCGAGGUUUGGCCAUGGUUGGAUGGCUUUGGCUACAAAGGAGGCAAGAUCCCUGUUGCUCCACCCAAGCAAACCAAGAAGAACGAGUGGUGAAAUGUCAAUGUAAUGUGCAGAUCUGAACCGUCAAUGUACUUGUUAUGUCGUGUAGGAAUACCAAGGGAAUUAACCAGAUCUUCCCCA